AUGACAGGCUGCCGGAACCGUUCUUUGACAUGGAUGGGGCAACUGUGGGAGUACGAGACCCCCAAAGUUAUUGUGGUGAAGAACCGUAAUCUUGGCACCAUCUACAGAUUGCUACAGCUUCUAAUCAUUGUUUACUUUGCAUGGUAUGUGUUUGUGGUCCAGAAAGGGUAUCAGGCACGGGAGACUGGCCCAGAAAGUGCUGUCAUCACCAAGGUCAAAGGGGUUUCUAUGUCCAAAGCCCACAGGGGAGCCAGGAGAAUCUGGGAUGUAGCGGAGUAUGUGAAACCCCCUGAGGGUGGUAGCAUCUUUACCAUCAUAACCAGGACAGAAAGCACCAAACUUCAGACUCUGGGGACCUGCCCUGAGAGUAAGUCUGUAGUAGAUGCUAGGUGUAUCUCUGCUGAUGACUGCAGAAGUGGAGCCAUGCAUGUACUGGGUCAUGGUCUACAGACAGGACGCUGUGUACAUUCUACUCGUGGAUCGUUGAAGACCUGUGAGAUCUAUGCAUGGUGUCCACUAGAGGGUGAAACUGUGACCAGUGAAUCUCUGCAAGAAUUUGUCCCAAACUUUACCAUCUUAAUCAAGAACAACAUCCAUUUCCCUCAGUUCAGAUUCUCCAAGGGUAACAUUGAAGGUGACAAUGCUCUAAAGAACUGUACUUACCACCCCACACAAUUCCCUUCCUGCCCGAUAUUCACCAUGGGCUUUAUUGUGAGGGAAGCUGGUGUCAAUUUCACGGAAAUAGCAUACAAGGGAGGCAUUAUUGGUGUGAUCAUUAACUGGAACUGCAACUUAGAUUUACAUCCAUCAAAGUGCCGUCCACAGUAUUCCUUCCGACGCCUUGAUCUACAGAGUAAUGUGUCCACUGGCUACAACUACAGGUUUGCAAAGUAUUACAACAAGAAUGGUACAGAAGCCCGCACGCUAAUUAAAGUAUAUGGGAUCCGUAUUGAUGUCAUUGUCCAUGGGCAGGCUGGAAAGUUUAGUCUCAUCCCAACCAUCAUUAACUUGGCCACUGCACUGACAUCUAUUGGUGUUGGGUCUGUCUUCUGUGACUGGAUACUGUUGACUUUCAUGAAUAAAGAUCACAUAUACAGCUUGCGAAAAUAUGAUAAGGUAUGGAAAUUGGAGGAGACCCAUACAGCAACAGUUACCACAGCCAGCUCUCCGCAAGACUCACCAGCUACUUCUGAAUCUCUCUGUACCAAUCAUGACCCUCCAUACAAAGACAGCCGCCCAAGAACUGAAAGCAACUCUCUGGAAAUCAGACGACAGCAGGCGUGGAGUGAGAGGACAGAGUCCACUCCUGGGAGCUGA